AUGGCGAGUAUAAUUCCUCCACACAUGCACGGCGACGCGACGACAGCCCGGAAAUUCCGAUGGAACAUGCUCAAGAACAUGGCCAGAGAUUGGGAUCAGGCUAGGGCGGCCAAGGCCGAGCGCGCCUCCACUCCAAACACACAAGCUGGACCCGCCAGCCGCCUUCCGAUCAUCAGAGUCGACGGGUCGCAAGGGAGCGAGGCGGCGGCUCGCGACGAGCAAGGCGACGGGUCGCAGCGGCGUCGCAGCUCGCGGCUGUCGAUGCUGGGCCGGUCGCUGACGAGGUCGGCCAAGGCCGAGCCGACGGAGGAAGAGGCCUUCUUCGAGACGGCGCGGCGGUGCGAACUCAACGAGUCCCGGCUCGCGAGCGCGUUUCGCAGGCGCGGCCUGUACGACUUCCACAACCUGCUCGUCCGCACGCUCAACGGCGACACGGCCUGGCUGCCCACCGGCGCCGUCGUCGACCCGCGCCACCCAGACUACCCCGUCGACAAGGACGUCGCCGAGUUUGUGUGCCAGUUGUGCCUGAUCGACGGCGACGGCCGCUACUUCGACCUGAGGCUCGACGCCGACCGGAGGGCGAAGAUGGUGCGCUACUGGCUUUCGAGAGGAGGUAGGGAGCACACCAUGCCGGCGCUGCGCACCGAGCGCGGCUCCUUGGGAGCUGUGCAAGAUUUCCACGUCGACCUAAAACAAUGGCGCUCAUGACGAAUGGUCGAUGGGGUGUGGAGAGGUGGUUGAUGAACGACAUAAGAG